AAAAAAAAAAUAUUGGCUGUAAAUGUGUGAAUAUUUUAGGAGAUUUAGUUUCCUUAGAAGUUAGCAUUUAAUUUAUUCUUUCCUUAUUUUCUUCUGCUAUAAUUUAUAAAUACUGCCUCGUAUCUAUGCUACGAAUUAAUGAGAAUUAUUCCUACAAACUAUUCACUCAUUCUAGAUGGUAUCAGAGCAACUCUGGUUCUGAUUCGUCUAAAACCCUAAUUUCUCUGGCGGCUCAAAUUUGACCCUAAUCUCUUGGGUUUUCUUCCUUCUUCAUCUCUGCCCUUCUCUUCUGUUGCUGUCAAACCUUUCACCAUGGUUGAUACUUCAAACUAGGCCCAACCCGAAAUCAAACCUGAACCAAAAACUACCCAUUCUGAAGCAUACUCUGUCCAAAUCACCAACAUACGACUGAAGGAGGCUAACUUCCUGCGGUGGUCACAAUCAGUCCGGAUUUAUAUUCGAGGGAGAGGGAAGAUAGGGUAUCUAACUAGUGAAACUAGGAGCCUGAGAAAACAAGCCCAUCCUAUGUUGUAUGGGAUGCUGAGAAUUCCAUGGUGAUGGCGUGGCUUGUGAAUGCUAUGGACGAAGAGAUUAGCGCAAAUUACAUGUUCUAUUCUACUGCAAAGGAACUCUGGGACAAUGUUAGUCAGAUGUACUCUAACCUUGGAAAUUACUCUCAGAUAUAUGAAUUGCAGCAAAAGAUCAGCAAUACUCACCAAGGAGAAGGCAAUGUAACAAGGAAGAUGGUGGAGAAUGCCAGAAUUUUUAAAUUCUUGGCUGGACUUAAUGGUGAAUUUGAUGAAGUCAGGGGAAGGAUUCUAGGGAGACAGCCGCUACCUCCACUCGGGGAGAUAUUUUCUGAAGCGCGACGAGAAGAUUGUCGUCGGAAUGUCAUGAUGAACAAAAAGGAGGAUGAAACCGUGGAGACUUCUACAUUAGUUGCUGCCAACCCUGCUCCUUAUGGUGCUACUAGCACAUAUUUGGCCACUGCCAAUGUUUCUGCACAAUGGCCUUAUUCUAACCAACGGAGGUUUGAAGAAAAGCCUCGAGUAUGGUGUGAUUACUGUAAUAAGCCAUGCCACAUUCGAGAGACUUGCUGGAAACUCCAUGGAAAGCCAGCAAACUGGAAGAGUAGUAAAUCUGGAAGCAACUAUACAGUCCCUAAAGCCAAUGAAGCCAAUGCUAAUUUCCUGAGUGCUAAGCAGGUGGAUCACCUUCUUCAAUUGCUGAAAUCCACUCCUACAUCCGGUCCUCCUACUGGUUCCUUGGGCCAAACAGGUGAUAUCUCUAGUGCCUUCUCUUGUGGCUUAGCUCUUGCACCAUGGAUUAUUGAUUCUGGUGCAUCCGAUCAUAUGACUACUACUUCACAAUUGUUUCAAUCUUAUCACCCUUGUCCUGGUAAUAAAAAGGUUAGAAUUGCAAAAUGAGAGUUUUGCAUCCAUUGUUGGAAUAGGUUCUAUCCAAAUAUCUGAGAAAAUCGAACUAAAAUCCUUCAUGUCCCUACACUUGCUUGUAAUCUGCUUUCUGUUAGUAAACUCUCACAGGAUUCUAAUUGUCGUGUCAUAUUGUUUGAUUCCCAUUGUGAAUUUCAAGACCAACUCUCGGGGAGGAUGAUUAGCAGUGCUAGGAUGAUUGAUGGACUCUAUUAUUUCGAUGAGAACCUAUUCAACAAUAAACAAGCUCAGGGUUUGAGUAGUAGUACUAGUUCAAUAUCUGUACGUGAACAAAUAAUGCUUUGACAUCUUAGACUAGGACAUUCUAGUUUUCCCUAUGUAAAACAUUUGUUUCCUAGCUUAUUUAAAACCUUGGAUUGCAACUCUCUUCAUUGUGAUACUUGUCAUUUAUCCAAGAGUCAUCGAAACACUUAAAAAUAAAAAAUUUAUCGUGCUUCAAAACCUUUUUAUUUAAUCCAUAGUGAUGUUUGGGGUCCCUAAAAAAUCAUUAUUGCACCUGUAAAAAAAUGGUUUGUGAUGUUUAUUGGCGAUCAUACACGGUUGUGUUGGGUGUAUUUGAUGAGUGACAAAUCUGAAGUUGAAAAAAUAUUCAAGGAGUUUUAUAAUAUGGUUGAAAAUUAGUUUCAAACAACAAUCAGUAUUUUUAGAACUGACAAUGGUAUUGAAUACUUUAACAAAUGUUUAAGAAUGUUUCUUUCAUAAAAGGUAUUCAACAUCAAUCCACUUGUCGUGACACCCCACAAUGGCAUUGCCGAGAGAAAAAAUCGUCACUUAUUAGAGGUUGCACGAGCCAUAUUGUUUUCUAUGCAUGUUCCUAAAUAUUUAUGGGGUGAUGCUCUUUUAACUGCAUGUUAUCUCAUUAAUAGGAUGCCGACUCGAGUUUUAAAAUACAUCACACCUUUAGCUUGCCUAAAGGAGAUUUUCCCUACUUGUUGGAUAACAUCAUAUUUGCAACUAAAAGUUUUUGGGUGCAAUGUUUUUGUUCAUAUACCGACCCAUCUUCGAUCCAAACUUGAUCCUAGAGCAGAAAAAUGUGUUUUCCUCGGAUAUGCUCCUAAUAAGAGAGGGUUCAAAUGUUUUAAUCCCAUAACAAAAAAAAUUCACAUAAGUAUGGAUGUCGUUUUUAUUAAAAAAACAACCUUAUUUUAACCAUAACCAUCUUCAGGGGAAGAAAGAGAAAAGUGAAGAUGAGUUCUAGCAAACUUCUACACCUCUCCCUAAUGUUUUCCUUGACAUUGACAUCCAUACUUCUCCUUUAAAAGGUCAGGAAACCGAUACUUUACCUAGUGAAAAUAAUGGAAAUACUAGUGUACCGGUACAAGGCAUGAGUGAUUCACAAACAGGGAGAGAAAUACUACUAGAUAUUCCCUCAUUUGAGCUUCGUGUUUAUACCAGAAGAAGAGAUCGUUAGAAUAAUAGAAAUCUUUCUUCAAAUCCGGAGCAAGGCCAAUCAUCAUCACCUCCACAAGUUGGUCAUUCAAAUA